CAGUUACAAAGCUACUUCCAUUCUCUCACUGGGAAGAGGUCAACCUCUGCUGUUCUAGUAGGACAUUGUACUACAUCCCUCUGCAAGGAGCUGCUGCUUAGACCAAUCUGAACUUCUGCCAGCUUCCAGCAAUGGCAGGCCUGUGCCCCACAGACUGUGAGCUAACAACCCUGGAUGAGGAGAACUUGUGGGAGAUAAUGGAGAACCACCGAUUUAAGAUUGUCCGCAAUGUCUGCCCCAGUCGACUAACUCCCUACCUCCGACAAGCCAAGGUGCUGGAUCAGCUGGAUGAGGAAGAAAUUCUGCACAGUCCCAAGUUCACUAACAAUGCCAUGAGAGUAGGAUACUUGCUAGAUGUGCUGAAGACUCGAGGAAAAACUGGGGCCAUUGCCUUUCUGGAGAGCUUGAAGUUUCAUAAUCCUGACAUUUACACCCUGAUCACUGGACAAGAGCCCUCUGUUGACUCUGACAGUUUCCGUGGCCUCAUUGAUACUUCCAAGCUGACUGAAUGCCUGGCUGGAGCCAUCAACAGCCUCCAGCAGGAGCUGUCACAGGAGAAGAUGAAAAGCCAGGAACUGCAGCAGCAUUGCCAUAAGCUAAAGGAACAACUGUGUAAACUGGGGACCCAGAAUAAGAGCCUAAGGGACAUGGAAGCCGAGCACAACCGCAUGAAGAGGGAAGUCAGCACCCAGUUCCACCAGGUGCUGAAGCUGAAGGAUGAGAUGUACAACUUGUCCAUGAGGUACACCAAUGCUCUGCAGGACAAGGACCUGGCCAUCUCCCGCUGCCAGAGUCUGCAGGAAGAGUUGUAUCUAAUGAAGCAGGAGCUACAGCGGGUCCAGAUGACUUCCUGCUGUGAGCGUGAGUCUAGAGACAGAUUUAACCUGGAACUCCAAGAAGGAGAGGUCAAUAGGCUCAAGGAGGAGAAUGAGAAACUUAGGUCUCUGACUUUCAGCCAGGUAGAGAAGGACAUCUUGGAACAGAAUCUGGAUGAGGCACUGGAUAGCAAGCAGGAACUGGUGGAUCGCAUCCACUCCCUGAGGGAAAGAGCAGUCACUGCUGAGAAGCAGCGCAAACAGUACUUGGAAGAAAAAGAGCAGACCCUCUUUCAGUUCCAAAAAAUCAAGGUGGAUUUUGAACUCUACAAGGAGAAGAUGAAUGCCCUGCAAAGUCAGGUGGUAGAACUCCGGAAGGAGCGAGACCAGGCAUACAGUGCAAGGGAUCUGGCCCAGAUGGACAUUUCGCACAGCUUGACAGAAAAAGACUCCCUCCGAAGAAAAGUGUUUGAGCUAACCGAAGAGGUCUGUGAACUGCGAAAACAACUCCAAAAGGUACAGGCAGAACCAAUGAGUGAGACCAAAGAGAAUGCUGGAGAACCUUCAAAGUGGGGGAAACAGAGGCUCAUAAGGAUGCACGCCAUCAAUCCUCAGGAGGACAGUGACUUCAGCUGUGUAAGCUCCACAGAGCACUGGCCAGAUCUGAGCGCUGCCUCAAACCAGGGGCUGAUGGGAAGCUUCUGUUCCAGCAGCCCCGUCCCUCCUUGCAAGCAAUCUCUCCAUAAGCGAGUCACUGAGGACUUCCAGGAAGACCCCAUUUCUCUAAGCAGCUCCCAGGAGUUUCUCCAUAAAGAUUUUGGCAUCUCUUCAGGAGAGAAGAUAGAUGACAUAGAACUGGACUAUGAGGUGGUAGACAUGGGAGUAGGUCUUCCUGGAAUGGAGAGUGUCCCAAAGGUAUUUCCCCCAAGUCCCUGCCCCCCAGAAAGCAAUGUUCUAGUGCGUCGACGUCCUGCCCGGAAGAUCCUGAGUCAGGUAACAGCCCUGGCCUUCCAGGGUGACUCCUUGUUGGAUCAAAUCAGCAUCAUUGGUGGAAAUCACACAGGCAUCUUCAUUCACCGUGUCACCACCGGCUCUACAGCAGAUGAGAUGGCUUUGCGUUCUGGCACCCAGAUCAUGAUGGUGGAUUAUGACUCGAAGGAGAUCACAUUCAAGGCUAUUCUGGAGGACACAACCCUGGAGCAGGCAAUAGGGCUUCUCAAGAGGGUGAAUGGCUUCUGCUGCCUAUCUGUGAAGGUCAACAUGGAGGGUUACAAGAAACUGGUCCAGGACAUAGAAAACAAAGUGACCACUUCUGGGGAUUCAUUCUAUAUCCGGGUCAACUUGGCCAUGGAGGGAAAAGCAGGUGGAGAGCUACAGGUGCAGUGUAAUGACAUCCUGCAUGUCACUGACACCAUGUACCAAGGCCAAAGUUGUUGGCAUGCCCAUCGAGUCCAUUUGUAUAGCAUGAAGGACACAGAUCAUGGCACCAUCCCCAACUACUCACAGGCUCAGCAGCAACUCAUCACCCUCAUCCAGGACAUGACUCAGCAGAGCACAGUCACCCGUAAGUCAUCUGGAGGACAACAGAAAUUAGUGCGCAUAGUCAGCAUGGACAAGACCAAGGCCAACCCACUGUGUUCCUCCUUUGAUGGGAGCCAGGCUGAGCCCAGCAAGUUGGAAGAUUCAUCUCUGGUAUGUUUUUGGGCAGAGAGCUGUUUUACACUAGUGCCUUACACACUGGUAAAACCCUACAGACCAAUCAAGCCUCGACCUGUGCUCUUUGUGCCUACGGUGGUUGGGAGAAUCCUGAGCGAGAAGCUGAACCUUCUCAAGGACUUUGAGAAAUGUCCAAUAGGGAUUGCAGUAAAGAAGGAGAUUGUGGAGCAUGAUGGCAGGAGAUGCAUGAUGAGGAGAGAGGGGGAAGAAAGAUCUCAUGGAAAAUGGCCUUAAUUUUCUCUGUGAAGUAUGAGGUAAGGCCCUUGACUGAGUGAGCAGGGGAGUACUACGGGAUACUCAAGAAGAGAAGAGGUUUGGAAUUGCCAUGGGGUGAGUAGGACAGAGAAUCAAUUAAGGAGGAAUAAAUGAUUUGCCUUACCACAAUGAGGGCCACUUGAGAUUAGAUAACAAAUUUGUUGUGGACCCAACCACCACAGCUGCACUAUUUUUCUCAAUUCCCUUCAUUAAUAUGCAAAUAUGGGUGAAGAAGGCAGGUGAUAAGAAUACUUCACGGUUAGGAUUUGGUAAGAUGUGAGCAGCAAUAGGACAAGAGAACAAUGGAUUCAAAAGGCUUGAAUUGCAUAGAGUUGAACUGGAUCAUUAAAGGAUUGAAUUUGUGAAGGAAGGAAGUAUAGCCAGAGCAAGGGUGAUGGCCUGGGAAAGUACUGAGGGACAUAGAGAUUGGAGGGCAUAAUGAGGACAAAGAAUAGUUUUUGGGAGAAGUAAGGAAUAGGAAGAGAAGGAAUGAUAGGAGACUGUGAUUAGGUAAAAAGAAUUUCAGAAUUCUUGUUCAUGGAAGUGGAACACUUGUAAGUGAUGACAAAAUCACCAUCUUUUUGUGUAAGUGAGGUGGGAGUGGAGAAGUAAGUCAUGUGAAAUGAGCAGACUGAGGACCUGGGGGUGGGGGAAGGGUUAGGGUGUUUGAAAGAACAUUGGCAUGUUUGCUAAAGUCCCCUAGUAUAAGGGUAGGACAUGACAGGAGAGGAGGAGUGAGAUUACAAGCCAAGAACUGGACUCAUUAAGAAAGGUGGGAGAACGUCAGAUAGACACUGGAAUUUGAAUUGGAUGAUAAAGAAGGAGAGGUUGCUGAGUGCUGGUGGUAGAUAGAGAGUCCAGAAAUAGAAAUCAGCACAAGAGAUUUGUUUAGCCCUUCCCAUGACCAGUAAUUGGUGGGGGGAAAGUAUAAAAGAAGCCAGGGUGAUGUACCAUGAAGAUUUUGUGUACCCUAAGACCACUUUGGUAGCAAUGAAAGCUUGACAGGAGCCUGGAAUGUCAGCUACUCCAUUGGCUCAGGUAGUACUACUGAUUGGGUUAUCACCCCAGCCACUGGGAUGCAAGUGGUCCUAUGAAUUUAAGAAAUAGAGGGGAAAGCAUAUAAUUGUGUGCCGACCAUCCUCAAAAUCACCUUGUAGUGAUUAGUUUGACACAGAGGACAGCAAAGUGAGUAGCCCUCCAUGUUUUGGUAUCCCAAGAAGGCAAAAUACAUUUAAAUGAAUCAGAAAUAUCAAUAAUGCUUCAAUGCAGAUUUUAUUGACCACUAAAGUGGACAAACCACAAGGGCACAUGAAACAUGAAGGUAUGAAUGUUUUUGUUAUGUGUCAAUAUUACAUGAAAAGCAAAUGGGACAUCAUGUUCUCUCUUUGUUAACAAAUAUCCUUAGCUUCAGUUUGGAAUGAUGCAAAUAAAGUGACUAAAAUAUCUGUACCCUUUGAGUCAAAAUGUCCAAUACUAGUCAUACCCCAAGGAGGCCACUGAUAAGAAGAAAGUUCCCAUAGAAAUAUAGCAAAAUAUCAGCACUUUUUGUGAUAGUAAAGAAUUGGAA